AUGUGGCUGUACUUGGUGACCCUGGUGGCAAUGUACCACCUUGUAUGCUGGUACCGGGAGAGGCAGGUGGUGAGUCAGCUGCAGGACAAGUACGUCUUCAUCACGGGCUGUGACUCGGGCUUUGGGAACCUGCUGGCCAAGCAGCUGGACCUGAGGGGCUUGAGGGUGCUGGCUGCGUGUCUGACUGAAAAGGGGGCUGAGUCACUGAGAGCACUGACUUCAGACAGGCUGGACACGGUGAUCCUGGAUGUCACCAAGACAGAGAGCAUCACUGCGGCCACCCAGUGGGUGAAAGAGCACACGGGAGACAGAGGUCUCUGGGGUCUGGUGAACAAUGCUGGCAUCUCAGUGCCCUCAGCUCCCAAUGAGUGGCUGACCAAACAGGACUUCAUGAAGAUAAUUGAAGUGAACCUGCUGGGGGUGAUUGAGGUGACCCUCAGCCUGCUGCCCCUGCUGAGGAAGGCCAGGGGCCAUGUGGUCAACGUCUCCAGUGUCCUGGGCUGUCUGUCCCUUUUCGGUGGUGGCUACUGCAUCUCCAAGUAUGGCAUUGAGGCCUUCUCAGAUUCCCUCAGGAGGGAGCUCUGCUUCUUUGGUGUGAAGGUGGCUAUAAUUGAGCCUGGCUAUUUCAAAACUCCUGUGACCAAUACUGAGAAUAUUUCUCAGAAUUUCCAGGAUGUAUGGAAUCAGGCCAGCACAGAGGUUAAGGACAUCUAUGGGGAAAAGUUUCUGAAAUAUAACAUGGAAUUACUUCAGAAGUUUGUGCCUAAGCUGUUUCAGGAUCUAUCUUUGGUGACAAACUGCAUGGAGCACGCCCUGAUAUCCUGUAACCCUCGCACCAGAUAUUCAGCUGGCUGGGAUGCCAAAUUCAUCUUCAUCCCCCUGAGCUACAUGCCCACCUUUCUGGUGGAUACUUUGGUGAAAUGGAACCCCUCAAGGCCUGCCAAGGCCCUGUGA